AUGGCACACAAGGGGAAAGGGGUUGACAAGCCGGCUUCAGACGGCGAGCAGCGGUUCACCUUGAACCAGCUCCAGCAACUCCUGGAGGCGAUGCAUCUCGUCUCUGAGCAGGAAGCGGAACGCCAGAUGUGGCAAGAUGUAGAAGAUGACAGUCAUCCAAUGGUGUCAGGACCAUUUCCCUCGUCCGAGUCGUCUACGUCCUCUGCUGCCGGUAGUAGCUCCCAGGCCGGAGGCGGUGCUCCGGCCGCUGCAUCCCCGGCCUCCGUUCCUCUCGCGCGACCUGCUUUCCCUGGCAGUUCGUCUGCGUGUCGUCGCGGCGCUGGUCGCGGAACACUGCCGACUGCUGUUGGCAACAACGAGCACACCGGCGGACACUGUGGCAAUUUCCACCGCCCCAUCGAGGAGACUGAGCCUCGCGGCAACGUUGGAACAGUCAGGUGGUACUGCAUCACGCGCGGUCAGGCCGUUGGAAUCUUCCGUGACUGGAUGCUGGUGGCUCCUUUGGUCAUUGGAGUUCCUAACGCAGUUUUCCAGCGCUACCCUACCUUCGGCGCUGCGCUCGCGGCGUUUAUGAGGGCCGCUGAAAACGGCAACGUUGCCGUUAUUAUGUAG